ACAUGGGUUGAAAGCUUUUCUCCCUUUGGGUCAACCAACCUUACAGUGGCCCCCACUUCCCCCAGAUGACACCCCUUAGUCUGCCUUGUAAGGGCCUAAUAUCAUCUCCGGACCUCCCUGCCCCAUACUCUGCAGACAGCCUGCCACUUCCCCCGGUACCCGUCCCCAGCACCUCCUUACUCGGGCCCGACCUGCAAGCCCACCUGUUCCACCCACCCCAGGCCACUCAGAGCCGCCCUCUCAAUCCUGCACCUCCAGCCUCUACACAGAGCCUGGUGUGGUAUAGCGGCAAUGCGUGUUUGUUGAUUGACACACCGAUGGAUGCAGAGCCCUUCCUUUCUAAUGGUUAGACUCAGGGGGCAGCAGCCCAGACAGCUCAGAGGUGGGGUCACUCUCCCGGUGUCCAGAGCCCACCUCCCUCACAGCUCAUGGAGAUCUUCCUAAAGGCAAGAAAGGGGCCAGCUCUCCCUUGCCUCCUGGCACAGGGCUGAACACAGACGGAAAUGGCGCGUGGGCCUGCCCGGGAGGGACUGAGGCGGCAGGAUGGCUUCCCCAGUAGGUCUCUGGGCACCAGAAACAGGCAAUGGCUCAGGUCCCAGUAUCUCCUCCCCCCACACCGCUGCCUCUCGCCUCCGCUCAGAAAAAGCAGGUGCCCUAAGUGUCAUCUCCACCCCUUUGCACAGGAAGGGAGAGGCUAAGGCUGGUUUCUGGGAGGCCCAGCGAGGACGAUCCCCCGCUGUGGCUGGGCGCAGAGCACGCCAUGCUGAGGGGCUCACCUCCGGCUUUUCCUGGCUCCAGGGUCCCCUGAUCCUGGUGCCCCCCCACAUUACCUUCCAGCUCAGUGCCGGAGCCCACACCCUCUGCCUGUCUGUCUCUCCAGCCUUCAGGCCUGGCCCCUAUCACAGAGGCUGCAGCCCCCUUGCCCGCCCUGGCACCCCCAAGGAGGCUCCUAAGUCUGACUGCCCGAAGAGCAGGAGAGGAGCAGGUGUGAAGAGAUCAAGCUUUGGGGUGAAGGCAUCAGUCUCAGGUGGCCGGUGGCAGCGACGCCUUGUCCCUCCGGCCAGCCCAGCCCUGCUUCCCCGGGGGUCGCGGCCUUACCUGCUGCGGAGAGAUGAGAGCGACCCUCCAAAUGGAGGAGGAAGAGGAGAAGGAGGAGGAGGAGGAGGGAGCAGAGGAGCCGGAGACUCGCCUGCUGAGGCUGCCUGCUCCCGGCCUUUCCCUGGGAUUCGCGACAGCGCCCCGGGCCCGCGGGUCGGUGCCCACUUCAGCCAGGCUGCGCUGCCGGCUCCUCCCGCAGACGGGAAGGAAGGAAGCCAGGGCGAGGAGAAAGGACGGCCCCGAGGGGACCUGGGUUCUCGUCCCGGCUCCUAA